UUGUAGAAAAAACACUUCCGGUAUCCGGAAGUAGUUUUGUGUUACAUUUGUUUACUUCUUGAACAUCAGCUAACAUAUUGGCUCGUAGUUAAGCUACUUUGGUAAUUUGUUUAUUUUUGUAAAUGUAUUUUAAACCAGUCAUUUGUACCAAACACAGGUUUCUGUAUCUAUCGUGAUCUAGCACAUAGUGACUGUAGAGCUUUAGAGUGAGGAAGAGGAGGAUGUCUGCAGGAAACAGACUAGAAAACGAGAACCCUUUAAUUUAUCAGAGGUCCAGAGAAAGAUCCCUGACUGCGAGUGAAGAAGACGAAGAUGUGACCGAUCCCAUUGAUGACAGAGAAAUCUUCGAUCACAUUAGGUCCAUCAACGAUCCUGAGCACCCGCUGUCUCUCGAAGAGUUAAAUGUGGUGGAACAAGUGCGUGUAAAAGUGAAUGAUGAGGAGAGCAAAGUCUCUGUGGAGUUCACACCAACCAUCCCUCACUGUAGCAUGGCUACUCUCAUAGGAUUGUCUAUCAAAGUCAAGCUACUGCGUUCACUGCCAGACAGGUUUAAGAUUGAUGUGCAUAUCACACCAGGAACACAUGCUUCAGAAGAAGCAGUUAAUAAGCAGCUAGCAGAUAAGGAGAGAGUGGCUGCAGCUUUGGAGAAUGCUCAUCUGCUGGAAGUCGUCAACCAGUGCCUUUCCCCAAGACCUGCGUGACCCAAUCAGUGUUCAUUUAUUAUUCUGUGGAUAAAACUUCAUACAAUUAUUUCAUCCUACACUCUCGCUAGACUGAACAAGCUUGGUAACAUUCUUUGUGAUACACUUAUGUUAGAUAUGAGCUUUUACUGAGUACAGUUGAAAUAUAAUGUAAAGGAAAAGAAAACAAAAAAAAUGCUUGAGUAACUGUCAUGUUUUAAUUAUUUGUAAUUAAACAAGUGCAAACGA